AUUCGGCCAAAGAUGAUGCGGGCGACAGGGUUGGUUCUUGCCCCUCCUUCUGACACCCAAACUUGCACCUGCGUACCGGGCAGCUCCCCUCGUGCUCGCACCGCCGCUGCGCAAGCACGUGUUGCGUCGUUGCACGCCUGCUCUUUUUGCAUCCACCCUCUUCUCCUGGUGCUACUGCAGUGCGCCCGACUGAACAGCGGCUAACCCGCCUCAAGAGCGACCACGAGGACCACGGCGGCGACAUCAUGAAGAUCCCGGGCGCCAAAGACAGCAUCGACGAGGCCACCUUUGAGCAGAUCCUCGAGAUGGACGACGACGAGGACGAGCGCGAGUUCUCCAAGAGUAUAGUCUACGACUUCUUCACCCAGGCCGAGAGCACCUUUGAGAAGAUGGACUCCAAUCUUGAGAAGAAGGACCUCAAGACCCUGUCCGAGCUGGGCCACUUCCUCAAGGGCUCGUCCGCCACGCUCGGCCUCAGCAAAGUGAAGGACUCUUGCGAAAAGAUCCAAAAUUACGGCCAGAAGAAGGACGAGAAGGGCGAAAAGGACAUCACCGAGGAGGAGGGCCUGAAGAAGCUUGAGACGACCAUCAAGCAGGCCAAGCAGGAGUUCCACGACGUGGAAAAGGUUCUUCGCAAGUUCUACAACGACGAGCAAUGAGGGAACAGUACGACCGACACGACACUCUACGACGCUUAGACUUUGGUAUCGCACGGCGGGCGACAGGGGCAAUGCAGCGGGGCAGCAGCGCACGCAUGCAUGUAUGACGGCCGGCGCACGCGCUCUGCAGCCGUCGCACCCUCUGGCUGACCAGCAAAAGCAUCUUCUUCACGCUUCACGCAUUCCUGUUUCUUUCACUCUUCCGUGGAUACCUGAUAUCAAGGGGUUGGAUAGCGCGCACGUCGUUCCCGUGUUCGGGGCCGCCGUCUGUCUUCUGCAUUGCUUGCGAGGAAGUUGGGGUAUCCUGUAACGAUCACGUCCGCCCUCUUCGUAUGCCAUGCCA